AUGAGUGCUGGUGAUGUCAGUUUGGAGACGCUGGUCAAGGUUUGUUUGAAAAAAAGAGCCACUUCACAGGUUUUCUUAUCGUUGUUUAAACAGUUGAACCAUAAACAAGAAGUUGGUGUUGAAGAUUUAGUGGGAUUGUUGAAGACUAGACAGGAAUUUGAUCCUUUAGAAGUGGUUUAUUUGACAAGUGCUUCAUUGGGAGAUCAAUCCUCGAACUUGAGAUUGGCUAAACUAUUGGAAAAUUUAGGAAUUGCCACCGAGGAGAAUCAAUAUUUAAUCUUGAAUUCAUUGACAAAUACAUCAAGAGAUGAUCAUUUCAAAAGUCAAUUCCCUUUCAAUUCAUUUGAAAUUAGUGCCAUAUUAACUUCAUUAUCAAGUUACUUCAAAAACCUGCUAGAAAACCAACAAAAACAACUCAUAAUAUUUGAAUCUAUAUGUUAUUUUCUUAAUGUGCUAUUUGAAAUUAUCCCAUUUGAAAUAUCUCCUUUAUCACCAGAACAAAAUGAAUUAUUAACUAUAAUUAUUGGUGAGAUUAAACAUCAAGGAAACCAUCAUUUAGCUGAAACUUUGGAAUCUAAUAUUCAUAAAUCAUUGAAAAAAUCAAACAAUAGACAAUCAAUAUCAAACCCUUCAUCAUCAGGAUCUUCAAAUGCAUCAAUCACAUCAACAUCUUCACAUACAUCUCAUCUAUCAUUCCUCAAGACAAAUAAAUUACCCAAAUUUAUAUGGUUGAAUUCUGUAAUACAAAAUUGGGAAACAAGUAGUGAUAAAUUCUUAUCAGCAUUUAGUCAAUUUGUUAAAGUUAAAACAAAUCAAAAUAUCUUAAAUGAAUUGAUUAAUACAUCAUUUGAAUGUAUUACAGUUGUAUUACAAUCAAGAGAUUCAUCAGAUUUAUUCAUUAAGAAUUGGAAAUUGUUCUUCACCAAAAAAUUACCAAUCUUGAUUAAAUCAUUAAAUUUAAAAAAUAUUGAAUCUUUAUUAAUCAAUGCCCUAAAUUUAAUUGAUCCAAAAAUUUUCAAAACUAUAAAAUUAAUUUCUAGUGAUGGUGAUAAUAAUAAUCUUGGAGAUCAAAAUGAUGAUAUGUUUUCUUCAUUCCCAUCAACAAAUACAGAUAUAAGACAUGAUUUCCUAAGAAGUUGUAUUGCAUUAAAAUUAUUACCAUCUACAGCUUUCAAUACCAUAUUAAAAGAAGAUUCAAAUGCAGAAAAUAGACCUUUAUUAGAAAAUGAUGAUGCCUUGGAUCUAGAUGGUCAUGUUAUUGAUUUACAAACAAGAUUAAAUCAAACAUUAAUUGAUAUAAAUCCUGAAUUUAUACCAUUAGAAGAUUCUGGAUUAUUAGAGUUUUUAAAUUCAAUUGAACAGUUUGAAGGUACAAAACAAUUUGAAAUUUCAAAAUUAAUUCUUGAUACAAUUUAUAAAUUUAUUGAAGAAGAUGAUUUUCAACAUUUUUAUAGAUUAGCCUUGGGGUUAGGAUUAUCUGAGGGGGCAUUACAUUCAAUAAUUUUCCAAAUUUCACCUGAAGUUUUAAUUAAACCAAUAAUGAAAUUUUUGGAUGAUUGGGAAAUUUCAAAUGAUGAUAGUAAUUUUCAAGAUUUAUAUUCAUCAUUUGGUGUUGUUUUAUUAUUAUUUUUAUUAAUUAUCAAGAAAUAUAAUAUUUCAUUAAAUCAAUUAUUAUUAAUGAAAGAUAAUAAAAGUUCAUUCUGUAUUAAAUUUUUAAUUAAUUUAGGUUCAUUAAAACAAUUUGAAAGUAAUGAUAAUAUUAAUCAUGAACAAUCUGAAUUAAUUAAUGGUUGGAUAAAUGCAUUAUUUGAUUCAGGUGGUAUAUCAGAUGAUUUAAUGAGAUUAUCAACAGUUCAAGAAUGUUUCCAAUUAUUCCCAUUAAUUUUCCAACAUGCAUUCAUUGGAGUUAAAAAAAAUUUAGUUGAUUUAGAUACAGUUAAAGGUGGAUUAGAAUAUUUUUUACAACCUUUUUUAUUAAGUACUAUAGUUGGGAUAUUAUCAUGGUGUGAAAAUUAUUUUUGGAAAAAUCAAGAUUUAGAAUUAUUAGUUUCAUUAAUUAAAAAUUUAAUUAAUCCAAUGGAUUUAAGUGGUGAUUCAAUUCAUAUUCAUAAAUUUGUAAUGUUAAUUUAUGGAAAAAAUUUAUAUGAGAUUUUAUCAACCUUACAAAGAACUCAAUCAAUAAACAUUGAUUCAUCAAUUUUAACAAAUCUUCAAACAAAUUGGGAUCAUAGUUAUAAUACAAACACCAGUAACACCCAUAAAACAUUCAAUUUCUUCGAGAUUAAUACAAGUCCAGUUUUCAAUAAAUUUUUAAAAAAUGGUAUUAUAGAUAAAAAUUCUAAAAAAAUUGAAAAUCAAUCAUCACCAUUAUUACAAUUUCAUAAUCAAUUUCAAAGUUUAAUUAAUUGGAAUAAUCAACAAUCAUCAGUAAUCAUAUCAAAUUAUGAUUAUCAAAACUUAUCAAUAUUGACUCAAAUAAUUGAUGAAGAUAUUAUAAUCGAUUAUUUCUUGGGACAAAUUUUAGAAUCACAAUCAUUGAAUAGUAAAUCAUUUCAUUUAACAUUAGAAUUAUCAACUUAUUUAUUAACAGUGCAAAUAAUUGAUUCGAUCAAGACAAAAGAUUAUAUAUUAAAUUCACUGAAAUCAGGUGAAUUAAUGGAACAAAUAUCAAUUGAAUCAAUAAAACCAUUUUAUAAAAUAUUGAGUACCUUGAUUCAAAAAAAGAAAUCAAUUGAACAUGACAAUGAUGAAAUUAAUAAAGAAAUUUUCAAGAUUUUUUAUAAUCAAUUUAUUGAAUGUAUUCACAAUUUUAUACCAUUGAAAGAAUGA